AUGGUCAUUGCAGCUGUCCUCGUCAACCUCACUGUCCUGGACGCCAUCCUCACCAUCGGCAUCGACACCACCGCAAACCCCAUCAUGGGUGUCCAGGGGGUAAGAGACCCCACCGAUGCCCCGGACAUGGGGGAGGUGGAAGAGAUGGAGGAGGAGGAGGAGGAGGAGGAGGAGGAGAUGGUGGCUGUCGACGGCCGCCAAGGUGCAGCCCUCAUCCUGGCUGUCCGGGCCAUGGGGGAGAUUCCUCGCAAAGACACCCCCGCCACCUUCAGGAACUGUGCGUUACCCACGAUCUAUGAGGGGAAUUACACAGCAUGGCAAUGGCUCAACAGCAGCCAAACAGCCACCCGACUGGCGCAAGUCAUCGCACAAGAUGACAAGCUGCUCGGCAUGCUCAACAGCACAAAGGCCAAUUACACCAUCUUUGCGCCUGCGGACAGCGCUAUGAGCGACUUAUUGGAAGACCAACCCUCCCGCGAGGCUCUCCGCCAGAUCCUCCGAUAUCACCUUCUGCCGGGCCUCUUCCCACUGAACACGAUCAAGGCCCAGCAAACCCUCCCCACUCUUCUCACCAGCCCGGAUUUAGGUAAGGACGUCCCCCAGCGUCUCAAAGUGGAGGUAAACGGGGCGCACUUGCUUCUCAACAGCGUCAGCCAGAUCCUGGAGGGCAGCGUACACGUCAGCAACGGCAUAAUCCACCAAAUCGACAAGCUACUCAUCCCACCCACCAACACAAGCGAGCUCUUCGCGCGCUACACGCAGCAUCUGAGUACAUUUAUUCUGGGCCUCGAGCGUACCGGUCUCAUGGCGCAGUUCACCGAAGGCCGCCGACGGGGCGGGACAACGUAUGUCCCUUCGAACGACGCCUUCGAGGCCCUCGGCCCCGAAGCUAAUGCGUUCCUGUUCUCCCUGCGCGGACGGAAGGUACUGCUGAAGCUGCUGCAGUAUCAUAUUGUAGCGGGACAGACUUUAUACUUCGACACGCUGUCCGACUGCGAUGGUACGGUAUGUGAUCUCCAGAUCGUGGGGUCGCGGGGUUAUCCGAGACCUGUACAUCUGGAAUUAAACACGUUAGCGCAAAAGAAAGUGUCAGUUGAUUUGAUGAGGAAGGGGGACGAGCAGGAGGUUGUGAUGAGGGUGAAUGGGUUUGGGAGGGUUAGGUUGCGGGAUAUGCUGGCGAAGGAUGGGGUCAUGCAUGUCUUGGACCGGGUCUUGAUUCCGCCGAGGACGGUUGGAGUGAAGGAAGAAUGGAGAGAUGAGAGCUUGGAAGAGGAGUUUAUCACGGUGGAGAUAUUGCAAGAGAGGCUGGGGGAAGAUGUCGGGGAGCGGGAUAUUUGGAGUGUCGAGGAACUAUAA